AUGCUGCGCCAACACAGCGCGCGCCACGCGUUGCGAUGGAGACAGCGGGCCUCGCUCUCGCUGCUCCUCCCCGCCCGCUCGCCGUUCCGCCCCCCCAGGCUUGACACUGCGCCGACUGCGCUCACAUGCCCGCCGCUUUCCAAGCCUUCCGCGCCUGCAGCGUCGUUCUCUCUCCCCGCGUUUACGUCACCUCCUCUCGCAAUAACGCCGUCGACUGGGUCCGCGAUUUGGCUGUUGACUCAGUCGUCCGCGGUCUCGUUACAAUCACACCCGAUCCAUGGCUCUGGUUCCACGUCAGCUGCCACGUCGUCCAGUCCCGCUGCAUCCGGCGCUACUGCGGCCGGCGCUGCAGCCGCCGACUUGCCGCCGCAACCAGGAGGCGGAUCGAAGGGAUUCCGAGCCGGUGGCGCCGUGGUUGCUGCGGCGGCGGUGGCAGGCGGCGCGUGGUACUUGUGGCGGCAACAGGAAGCGCAGCGAGAGACGGAACGGCUAGUGAAAGACGCGACAAAAGAGAAGCAUCAGCAGCUGGGGGGUGCGCAGAUUGCGCAGAUGGGGCAGCAGCUUCCGGCUCUAAGUCAGUCACUGCUGGCGGAUGCGGAAGGGGAGGCGGAGCGCGCUGGUGAGAGGGGAAAGGGCGGAGCGGCGGAGAAGGGUACGGCGCAACGCGAAUCGGCGGACGGGGCGGCGGAAGGGGGCAGAUUGACGCAGGAUCAGCGCGCGGACAGGGGUGCGGAGAUGCGUGGUGCGGGGGAAGGAGUCACGGGUGGGGGGGAAGAGGCGCAGAAAGAUCCGGAAAAGCGCGGAGAGGCGGAAGCAGCCCCUUCGGCGACUUCGAAGGCGCAAGGAAUGGGAGAGGAGAGGGGGGCUGCGGGAAAAGAGGAGGAAGCGGUAGCAGGUGGCUCAAAUGAGAAGGAGGGUGUGCGGAAAGAAGCAGCGCAGGCGGAAGAGAUGAGGGGAAUGUUGGGGAAUGUUGGGAACGUGGUGUUGGUGGGGGGAGAGGAGGGGGAAGGGGAGGGGGAGGGGGGAGAGAAGGAGGAGGGAGUCAGGAGGAGCACGGGAACCACACAAGGCGGAGGCCUUUCUAGCGCUGAGGCAGCACGGUUGGCGCAGGUGCCGGCGCAGCUGGUGGUGGGCGUGAUAGAGGAGGCGCGGCGGCGCCAGCAAGCAGUGGAUGAGGCGCUGCUGGAGGAACGCCUCACGCUCGAGCAGUUGGAGCACGAGCGUGCAGUGCUGGAGCUGCAGCAGCGCAUACAGGGCGCAGAGGCGCGGGUGGAGGCAUUAAGAGCAGCGCGGGAGAGGGAGAGGGAGCAGCUGCAGGCGCAGGCAGAGCGCGUCAAGCAGGACUUGACUGCCCGCCACGAGAGGGCCCUGCAGGACAAGGAGGAGGAGGGAGCAGCGAUUGCAGCAGAGGCGGGGGUGGUGGCAGAGGCGAGAGCAGUGGUGGGCAUGGCUGCUGCAGAGGCGCAGCACACGCACGAGGUGGAGAGACUCAACCUGCAGCUGGCAGCACUACACGAGGCCUUUCGCACGCGGUCAGAGGAGGAGAGGAAGCGACAUGCUGGGCACUCCCUUGCCAUGCUCUGCUUCGCUCUAGAAGACGCUGCUUUGAACGGCACUCCCCUCGCCCUGCCGCCCACAUCCCUCCAACCCUCCUCCCUCCCUCUCUCCCUCUCCAACCAACAAGCCACUGUUGCACCCACAACAACCAGUGUCAGCGGCACUAGCGGCAGCGCAGGUGAAAACGCAGGUGUGGUGGCAGCAGAGGCACCAGCAGCAGAUGCUCUCGUGGAUGCUGUGUUGGCCUCGCUGCCGCCCCCUGCUGCUGACCAGGGCGUGCCCACGCCAGCUCAGCUGCGGCAGCAGCUGACUGCGCUGCGGCUGUCGCUGAGUCAGCUGGGGGUCAUGCCACCUCAGGGCGCCGGGGUGGUGGCUCAUGCCUUGGCGUUUCUGGCUGCGAUGAUCAAGCUGCCUGAAACGGGCACAGAGCUGCCGGGAGGUGGGGUGGAGGCAGCAGUGGCUCGGGCCGAAGCUCUGAUGCAGGGUGGGCAGCUGCAGGCAGCGGCAGAGGCAUUGGAGGGGGCGCUUGCGGGGACUAAGGCGGAGGAGUUGGGUGGGGAGUGGGCGCAGAAGGCCAGGGAUAGAGCAGUGCUGGAGCAAGCUGUUGCUGUGAUGCGCGCUCAUGCCGCCACUGUGGCUCUCUCGCUUUCCUGA